AUGAAUAAUGAUUCAAUUAAUCUAACAUCACAUGUUAAUAUUCCAACAACAAAAUCAAUAACGUUUAAAGAAAAUCUUUCUACAAUUCUAACUGAUUCAAUAAUUGAAGAAAUUCAUCAUAGUGAUGGACGUAUUAGAUAUGGUACACAUAUAUAUGAAUUUCCAAAUGGACAAAUUGAAAAACAUUUACCUAAUGGUAGGCAAGAACAUAUAUUACCUGUUAAAACAAAAAAUAUUUAUUUAACUGAUGGUAUAAUUAUAUCUAUGAAAACAAAUGGAGAAAAAUUUAUUCAACAUCCAAAUCAAACAAAAUAA